GGGAGGGGGAGCGGCGGGCAACGGCCGCCGACGGCUUAACGGCCGCCGACGGGUACCGCCUGCUUCGACCCCGCUGUCCUCCCCGGCCAUGGAGCUGUCGGCUAUCGGGGAGCAGGUGUUCGCGGUGGAGAGCAUCCGCAAGAAGCGUGUGCGGAAGGGUAAAGUAGAAUACCUGGUGAAGUGGAAAGGAUGGCCCCCAAAAUACAGCACAUGGGAGCCAGAAGAUCAUAUCUUGGACCCUCGCCUGGUAGUGGCUUACGAAGAAAAGGAAGAGAGAGACCGUGCUUCAGGGUACAGAAAAAGAGGUCCCAAACCAAAGCGCCUCCUACUGCAGCGGCUGUAUGGCAUGGACUUGAGGAGUGCCCACAAGGGAAAGGAAAAGCUCUGUUUCUCUCUUGCACGGAGGUUUGGAGGAGGAGACAGUAGCCUGCCAGGGGCCAAGACAGGGCAGGCAGAGUUCUCAGAGAAGACUGGGGGAACAGUCCUGCCAUUCUCUCUCCGGAAGCAACGCAAAAACCAGAAGUACUUGCGACUGUCCAGGAAGAAGUUCCCCCGCAUGGCAAGCCUGGAGAACCGAAACUGCAGGCAUGAGUUCUUCUUGAAUGACGCGGUAGACCUGGAGGCCCAGCAAAGCCCUGAGGACUGGGAGGCUGUGCAGCACACCAGCAAAGAAGGUAAGGCCAGACACCCCUUGACAGAGAAGCUGUGGGGCAUGAGAAGGAUGCUCUACGUUCUGCCUCCUUACCUGCCUCAUCCUGGGAUUGCGGCUGAGGUCAGGUCCUCAGAGCAUCUCUUGUUGACUCACGUUGUGGCUUUCAUUUCUUUCCUGGUUGGAUGACUAGUUUUUGAGUGCCGUCACCUCUCUGUAGUCUUAAAUCAGUGACACUCACCAUCAGUGAGGAAAACAUGUAGAAGUUACCAGAAGUUAAUGCUGUGUUCCAGUUUCCUUCUGGCAGAGGAGACAAUGACCUCUGCCUCUGUCCACACACCCACAUGUGUUUUGCCUAUUGCUCACGUAAAAGGAGCGUGGCUGGUCUUGGGCAGGCUCUCACAUUGGCACUCCUCUACUGGUGCUGCUCUGAGAGCAAACAGGAAUGUCCUUAGGAACCCACAUUACAUUCCUUCUGCCCCCUCCUUCCCUUUCCUCCCCACGCCCCGCAUCCUCUCUAAAGCCCAUUGCUGUAGAGCUUAUGUGAGAGGGGGGGUGAGAGAGAGAAGUGAGGAUGGUAAUUCCUUCUUGAUCCCGUUGAGUAGGCAGUAUGAGUGUAGGCAUGGGAGAUGGCCUGGCACAUUUGGCAUUUUGGGGAGGGAUACCAUCCUCUUGUGCAGGAGGGCUGUGGGAUGUGUACAUUGCUCUGAGUUACCAGGGAAACUCUAUCCUUGCAUUAUUAGAGCUUCUGAAGGCGUAAGGCUUCCUGAGGAGUGGAAAGCAAGGGCUUGUGCUGCUUGUAGUAGUUAAGAGAAUCCUGUUACUCCUUGCUGGGAGUAGUUGUUAGCCAGGCUGGAUUAGGCAAGAUUCUGGGGAGAACACUGUGUCCAGGCAAUCAGCACUAUCCCCUCUUCUUUCAGACAGGGACUAGAACAGCACCUGAAAUCCAAGGAGGAAGCAGCGGGGCAAGCACAGAGGAACCCAGAGUCUAGUCUCAUACUGGCAGCAGGAAAUGUGUGGGGCUGUUUUCAGCUAGAAGUGCUAGCCUCUAAGGCAUUUGGGGAUCUGAAGGGUGAAUGGCACUGGAGAUACAUAAAAUGGUUUUUGUUCUCCCCUUGGUACAUGGCAUGUGUGGAAUUCCAGUUAGUGUUAGGGUUACACACCUCAAGUGUGACAAGAAGAAGCUAUAAAUAACCUUUUAAGAGUAUAUUUCCCAUAUUCUUUGCCCAGCUGGAGAUAACAAGGUAUAGUACAGGUGCAGUGGCAGAGGGAGGGUAUGUUUUACUUCCUUUCUCUGCCUGUUUUUGUGGCUGUCUCUGGGAGCUAGGGGUGGUGAGGUUUUGGGUGGGAGAGGGAUUGUUUAAAUAAUUAUCAGUGCCGAAGUGCAGAAAUAUUUGGGUUUCUUAUGGAGGUAUCGGGGAGCAAAGGAAGAAAAUGAGAAAUGGAGAGCAGCCUCUCUGUGAAGUAAUACUCAUGUGUUGUAGCCAGGCUGCAUUACAGAAGCAAUAUGAAGAAGACCCUCAGCUUUGGAUCCCUUUGAUUCUCAUGAGAGGAUCUAGGAGCUUGUGCUUUCUGACUUCUUGGGGGUAAGGCAUUUGCAAGAAGGUCAGCUUGCUCUUGGGUGAGUGUGUUUAGCUGAUACAGAGGCACAUGGGUUGAGAAGGCGCAGGAGACACUAGGGAAUUGUGGAUGGCUGGAGGCUCUGGGUAGUGUUACUUCAUUCUGUCGUUCUCCAUGUAGGCUGAUCCAGUGCUUUUGUGUGUCUGCUUUACAGUCUGCUUUUCCCUUUAUAAUCUGCAGUGAUCCUCUGUUUCUCCUUAGCCUCUGAAGGGAGGGCUUGCCCAUGCUCUUUCUUGCCUUGUGUGUGCAGACUGAAUGCAAGCUGAUUUCAUCCACCAUUUGUCAGAAACAAGGCACCUUUUCCAUCCUUCUCUUUGCUCUCUCCCACCUUCUCUCCCUCUCACUAACAUGCUCUGUCUGCCUCUCCUUUUGUAGCAGAUGUGGAUGGCAAUCUCCCUUGGAUUCCCACUGUGCCCCCCAGCGAAGUGACAGUGACAGACAUCACGGCAAACUCCAUUACCGUCACUUUCAGAGAAGCACAAGUGGCUGAGGGCUUCUUCCGAGACCGGAGUGCGCAGUUCUGAAUCUCCAUUUUCAGUGCUCCCCAAAUCUAGUGCUUUUAGAGUGGGGCUAGGGAGGGCUUAUUUUAUCCCUUAAGAAAAAGAAUCCAGAACGUCUCAGAAUGUUUACAGAGACCUUUUUUUUCUUCUCCUUUUUCCCCUUUCAGAUACGCAAAAAAAACCCCACAAAGGCAGCAUAGGGGGUGUGUGUUUGUCAUUGCUUUGUCCAUCUGAAAAACUAACAGCCCUUUCCCUGGCAAAGACUCCCCUCCUAGAUGUCAAAGCAGCAAGCUGAACAAUUUGGCUUUUAUGCUGCUAAGUGGCAGCAGCUGCAUUUGUGGGGAGAGGGCAUGUGGAGGUGGAAAGAGAGCUAGGUCUCUAGCCUGCUGCCUUGUUCUGCAAUUGAUAUCCCUUGGAUAAAGAUAUUUCUCUGUGCGUUGCUCUUCCCACCUUCCUCCUCCCUCUCUUCACGCAGCACUGAGAGACGAUGGAUCCUACCUGCGUAGAUAACUCCAACCUGUUAAGACUUUCUCUCCAGUGCUGUUUUCCUUGGGGCCUGCUGUCAGGACUUCAGAACUGUAUUUGCCUGUCUGUGGUAAGUAAGGCUGUGCAGCACAGCAGGUCCAUGUAGAAAGCAGAGGUUCCUCUGAUUGUUGGUCAUACAGGAAAAACUGAAAUGCACAUCUGAAAUCUAAAUUGGUUAACUAAAUUCAUUUCGCCCUCGUUAAAAGCCCAGAAACCCAGCAUAGUCGAGACGGACCACUCUGUCUAUGCUAAACAAUAUUUCCAGGCUCGUCUGUGCUGUGUGAGAAAUGUGUUCUGAAAAGUGGGGUGUUCCUAUCUUCUGCCACAUUCUGGCUUAAUGACAAAUGCUGCCCUGAAUCUGCGAUGGUAGUUGGUUGAAACCUGAAUCUCCUUCCCUGGAAGGAGGGGCCAGUAAGACAACUGAAGCAUUGCCUGGCACUGCAAAGAUAUUAAAGAUACUGGCACAGGCCCAGGACGCAGGAAUUGGACAGAACUGAGCUAGAAAUGGACCUUGAUUAGUGGCAAAUUCUGUUCUUGGAUGCCAUUGGGAGAUCCAAGGUAAACAACAUGCGGAGAAGGCAUGCAUUAGAGUAGAAGGGGGUGGGGUGGGGGUGGGGGAAUCGUAAUUCUUAGCAAGGAGAAUGCUUGGAUUGUACUGUCUGAGUAAUACUCUUCCAUGACUCCAGUCUCCUCACAGUAUCUGUGAUCCUGUACUUCUUUACUGAUGGAAACUUCCCCUUGGAAGGCUUAAAACUUUGCCAAGGAAAGUGGUCUGCAUUUCAAUAGACCCUGCCUGAUCUUGCACUUAAAAAUGCCUCAUGCUGGACUGCCUGUGACGCUUUGAGGUAUUUGAAGAAAUGCUGUAUUUUCAGUUGGUAGUUUAGCAUAGCAUCUGUUCCUGCACAUGCAUAUUCUCUUCCAUUUUCUUGAAAUCAAAUUUUAUUUAAGUAACUUAAAAUUUUAAAUACAAACAUUUUCCUAUGGAAAGCAAGAAAAGUAAGCUACAGUCUGAGGUGGGUACUGCCAGAGAGAGCUGCAGGGGUAUGCUGGCUGUCAUGAUUACCAUCCUUAACUUCUUUGUUCCCUCUUCCCGCUCCACACAAGGCAUUUCUUUCCUGCUAUAUUUAUUCUGUAUGAAACUAUGAGCCUUCUGAGCUCUGAAGUAUAGGCGCCUGUGAAAUUGGGCAGUGUGCAGCAGUUCCUUUGAAGGGCUUUGCCUGCUGGCCUACAGAGUUUGGGAGCUCUGGGAGUUCUGGUCAUCCAAACAUCUGCUUUUUGCAAAAUGCUUGGGCUGCCCCCCGAAGCUUUUAUUAAAAGCAGGUUUUAGCUCAGAUAGGAUGUGACAGAUCAGUGCAGACUUAAGAUUUCCCCUUCUAUCACAAAGCUGUUUAAGUAGGCCAGUCUUCCACUGUGUCACAGCAGUUUCAGGACCACAGGGAAGAUCUUGAAUUUCUGAACUAAGCUUUUGUCACCCAAAUAAGCGACGUGGAAGUUUAAUUACGGAGAAAUCAGAGAGGGUGAGAAGUGAAGGGGGGGAGAGUUAUGUAGUGGAAGGAAGAGUGAGCAGGAAAGAAGCUUAGAACAGCUAGCAAGGGCAAACUGAUGAGGUAAGCAUACAGGCCCAGGAUGUGGGUGUCUGGAGCAAGGCUUCCAAAUCUGGAAUUGUAUCACAUAAAUAGGUUUGCUCUCUCCUGCAGUGUGUGAGGUUGCGCGGUGUCACUCACACUGUCACACCCUACACACACACACACACGCAUCCCCCUCUUCCUGACAUUUGCCAAACAGGCAGAAUGUGUUCAUCUUUCUUCUUAUUGUGACCUGUGGGCAUUCAGUAUGGCUGAGUCUGCUCACCGGGGUUGCAGUAGGUCUGUUAUAGUCCCAGUUAUAGAAGUCCCAGUUAUAGAAGCACAAUAUUUUAGCUCAUUUGGGGAAAAUUCUUGAACUCCAGCUCACCAUGCUGAAUCUUCAUCGCAUUUAUGAGAUCUGUUUUCUUUAAUGCAGUUACUGCCGCCUUUGUCUUCAUCACGUUGUACAAGUAGACCAAAACCCUUCCUACUUAAUAAGGUUUCUGUCAUCAGCUGGUGUUGGAAGCAGUACCAAUUCCAUGGCAGGAAGGAGCUUAUCAUAGUAAACCACUUCUCCAUCCUCUGCUUUUUCUUCCACUCACCAGCUGAGACUUCUCAGCGUUUUGUUUUGGCAUCUCUCUUUAAACAUCUUUUCUUUCUCUUGCAGUAGAGGCUUUCAAAAAAACCUGUGGUGCUCUUUCAAAGAGGAUACACCCACAGCUUCAUCUCUUCAUCAUGCUUGGAUCAGGCUAGCUUAUGUUUUUUGUGGUGACUAAUCACCUGACUCCAUGGAGUGUUGAACAAGGUACCCGGCUCCCAUGCUGCUUUAUGUGCGAGUCAGUUAGGAGUUAACCACCAGGUUAAGGUGCAGCAGGUUGCAUGUGCAUGGGCUUGGUUUGUGUGUGUGAGGAGGAGUUGGCGGUAGGAAACAAAGCAGUUACUGUGGGGUGGUUUUUUUGUUUUUUGCUUUUGGGAUAUUUUUUUUUUUUUACAUUCACAAAUUCAAUGUUAAAAAUCCAUUAAAGAUUUUUCUUUUGGUCUUUCUAAUACUCUUCUGUAGUGUCUGAUGUAUCAUUGUAGACUUCCUUGGUGGAGCUGGUCUUCAGGGACUUUAAAGUUAACUUCAGUCCACUUCUGCAGGUGUAGAAAUGUAUGGGGCAUUUUUCUUUUACUUUUGAUGGUAGUAGGGCUCCUCUGGGUUCACUUUUCUUCUGAAUCCUGUUCAUCUUUAGGUUCAAUCCCAAAUCUGGAUAUUGAGCUGGAACUUCUGGAGCUAACAUAUGAAAAUCGGAUGCUGUGCUCAGAGCUUUGUUACGCAUUCCAUUUGAUUAGGAGAGCCAGAAUAGCAUCCAGCUGAAGCAGAGUUUAAUAACUCUAUUCAAAGCACAAGCUGAGAAUAGAAAUGGGCUAACUCUCCCAUACCUCAUUUGGCUCUAUGGCUGUAAACAAGGAAAACAGACUUCAGCCACUAGAACUUAGUGAACUGUGCACGAGAAACAAACUUCUCAAGGAAGAACUCUUCUAACAGUGGUUCUUCAGAACUGUUCCAAUGUGAGAAUGACCAGCCGUGUUCAGGGAACAGAAGUUUAUCUUUCAUCAAUCUUCUCAUAGUAAUUUCACUGUGUAUGAUGUGACAGGACCGAGGGGCUUCAUGAGAUUAGAAAACCUUUAUUGUUAACAGUGGUUUAAAAACAAUUGGAAAGGACUACCUCUGUUCCUGGCUGGUUACAAACUAGAUGUUGUUGCUCAGAUAUGUAAGUGAUGCCUUGGAACAGCAAGUAACACGUAAAUAGUGGCAUUAAGUAGCCUUGUAGCUCCUGCAUGCUCCUUUAUUGUCUUGCCUUUGCUUGGGGGCCCUUUUGCUUGUGAAGUCAGACCAAGGUAUUUAUUUUAAUUUCUCUUUCUUUCUCAAGCACAGCCAGGGUAUUAUUAUGAGAACACCCAGAUGCCAUUCUGUUGUCCAAAAUAAGCUUAAAUUUGUUGGUGAACUGACCCUAACUAAUGUCAGAGCCUCAUACAGCAAGAAGCUUAUUGAGAAAGGAAUGGCUCUUUUUGUUGUUGUUGUUAGUGUUGUGAAACUAUCCAGAAUUGUUCUCUUGGUGUUUUGUGACUGAAUGUAUAAAAUUGUUUGUUUGCCUCACGGGGAGCCGGUGGCCCCAGUGCUGUUUCCUGCUCUGUGGCAGCCAGUGUUGUUUGAUGGUUUCACUGGAAUAGAGAGGGGAGGUCUUGCACAGGUCAAAAAAGAGGCAGGCUUAGCUCACGUAAGACCUUUGCUGGUAGCCACAACAGAGGCUGGGGUGUGGAAGACAGCAGUGAGAGCUGUUAGCCACAUCCAUGCAUUUGAGCAAAGCGCAAUCUACUAUUGCCUCCCCACCCCUUCCUCUCCUCUCAGGUUUUCUGAGGUAGGGAAAGUGGGGAAAACAACUCUUCCUAAAGCUAAAUGGUAUCUACUCCUCUUCAGCUCGUCCCUUCCUUGCCUGCGGCCUUGGAAGAAGAGGGCUGUUGGACUUUCUAGGAAGGAAAUAGUAGGGGCAGGAAGAGGGAAGGAGGUGCCUCAGGUUUGCUCUUGCUAGGUUGUGAAGGGCAGGCCUUCGGGUGAGCAACUGAGAGAGGAGAUGCAAUGUAAGAGCAAGGAACUUGUAAUGGAACUCAAGGGCCAAAACCAUCAUGAUUUUAAAAGAAAAACUGAGACGAUUAACCUGUUUUAUUUAUUUUUUGUAAUUGUUCAUUGAGGUGGGUGUUAACUGCCAUCUGUCAGUUAAUAGCAGCUAAAUGAAAGUGGCCUGCUCCUUACAGGCCCUCCAUGCUUCUUGCUUGGUUGUGCAUUUACGUUAGUCUCCGAGAAGAGUGGGAAAAUUAUACGACAGGGAAGGAAAAGAGACAAGUAGGGGAAGAAAUGAAGCCAUGUUCAGCCGCUGUUGUAAUGCAGUCCUUUCUGCUCCAAAACGUGUGAUCCCUCACAUCAGCUCUGGUGUGUCAGUGCUUCAGAGCAGUCAGUGGGUGGAUGGCCCUCUGAGCGGGCCAUGCAGGGAGGAAGUGUUGCAUUCGUGUCUCUCUUCUAUCAUUUGGAAAGCAAGGGAGGCGUAUGCUGACAGCUUAUGUAAGGUAAUUUCUACAUGGAAGUAUAUAGCAUUAGCAUGUACAAGUGAAUGGAGCGUGUCUCUUUCACCGUUUUCGAAAUAGUUGUCCCCAAGGGUAUAGUAAACUUGAUCUUGAGACAACAGGUUAUGAUGAAGAGGCCCACUGAGUCUGACUGCAGCGGAGCUGUCUUUGCAGAGACAGCACGAACCUUCUGGGUGUUGAAGCACCCGUGUUCCAACCAAGCAGCUGGGAAUGCCCAUGAAACUGCUGAAGCAGCAGCAAUCCCUUAGAAUGGAACUCAGACUUCUCAAAUACUUUCCUGCAACAGGUACUUCCUGAAGUGAUGAUCCUUUUUCUUUCCUCCUCCAGCUCUCUUCCCUUGCACCCUUAAGUUCUUAAAGUAUGAUGGCUUAUCAGGGAGUGGGCCAGGGGUGAUCCCCAGCUAAUGGUGAUGUGUGCGGAGUGGAGCUCAGGGGGAGUUUGUGAUGGCUGUUGGCCCGAGAGGGAUGCCCACCAAGAGGGUGUGGGUAGAAACUUUGCUGCUGGAAUUGUUUCCAUUUGCUGUGGGACACCCUGCAAACCUUUCAGGGGUUCUUGUCUGAAACACACCCUGGUGAUGUCUGAGAGCACCAACUGGAUGUUGAAGGGGAGAGCUUAUAAGAGCGUUCGGAACCUCUAUCAGCUUAUCUUGUUAGUGGGAUAGCAGUUUUGACUGGGAGGGGGAUUUCAGAGGAAGUGGAAAGAUUUGGUUUAAUUUAUUUUUAACCAGAAAACGUAGUGUCAGCACAAAGAAGCUCUUUGCAAGUCUGUCAAGACGUUAAGCAGCUUUUUUUCUUUUGCCUUUAGUCUGAAGCAUGUUUUGAAGCACUUUGAAAAUGCAAAGCACUAGGAGUGCAAAGUACUCCUUGUUGUCUGCCUGAAAGUGGCAUUUGAAAAGCAUUUGGAAGGAGAUAUAUGUUUCAGGUCGCUAGCUGUCCCUUAUUUGUCCAGAGCUCCCACCCAGCCCUUUGCUUCCCUCCCAUGGCUGAGGGGAGAGUUUCCUCAGCUGUGCUGAGUGGAGGAGGCUAACGAAGGUGGGAGGGGGGAGGCUCAUGGGGUUCCUAACAUGCCCUGUGUGCUGGCUUCCUCCCCACCACCUCCUUUGUCUGAGAAAAGGGAGGAGAAAAUUCAGUUGCAGUGGUCCUAGUUUGGAACUGUGACUGCUUCUUCUAGCUCUGGAGACAUCUUUAUAUCUGGCCUGAAGAAUUGCACCUUAUGAGUCUGGUUGAGGGAUGGGGAGGCACCUGUCCUCUUGCGGGGGGGGGGGGUGUGGAGAGGAAGGAAGGGUGAGCCAGAAGCUGUCUUCAGUAAAUGCUGCAUUUUUCUGGAGGCUGUUUCCUCACCUUAUCUCCAACAGAACAGCAACCAAAUAACUAAAAUCAUCCAAAUGAAGCUUUUAUUCUGCCUAUCUGAAGAGCCUUUUGAGCAGGCUAGGAUGAGAGGCUCUUCUUUCUUGCCUAGCAAGCUCUACAGUCAAAGGAACCUUAGUUCUCUCCUGGGGUCUUCGGCUCCAGCCUUCCCCUCAGCUUAGACACACCAUUUGGACUCUUUGCACAUUGACUCAUCUAAUGUCAUCUGCUUCCCUUCUGCGGGGGGGGCAGAAGAUGGGGUCUACUGGGAGAAGAGGGUCCCUGGUUCUUGUCCAUGUCUCUUCAGCCGUUGCUGUUGUUUCUGUCAGCACGCUACAGUAUGAGAGUCUUUGCACACAGAAAGCUUCCUUUUGCACAGAAUGAGCUUCUAGCUUUUGUACGGACUAAUUGAAUGUAUUUGGGGGGGGGGGGGGUGGGGGGGGGGGGAAUAGGCCGUAAACCAAUUCCACAUGAACCAAUCAGAGUAUAAUGCCUUGUCUGAGCGAGUGUGUGCUGUAAGGGGAGGUUGUGAUGGCAAAGGGAGGGCAGGCUCGAGUAUAAUUUGACACAAAGUGUGGUUUUAUUUUUGUACUGAUACGGAUAAGAGACUGUACAGCAUCUAUUUAUUUAGAUGAUUUAUGUGGUAAAUGUUGCAAACAAAAUUAAGAAAAUAUUAAAUAUGAAAACUGACAUUUA